AGGCAGGAUUCUCAAUUGCAGCACUCUGGCGCGGCGGUUCUGGAGAAGAGAUCUUGCAGCAAAACAAGAAACUUUGUGCUUUCAAAUAGGUUUGCAUUGGAUCGAUUCUGGAAUUGCACACUUCUCUCCUCCCGAUUGCGCCUUUCAAAAUAUCAGUCGUGGCUAAAUAAAUUAAUCCGUGCACCCAAGGAUCCUGGUUGGUCCUCCAUGAGAGAGUUACUGCGGCCGAAAUCCUCAGAAAAAGAAAUGUCUGCUACAAUUCUGUCCGCUUUCUACGACAUCGACAUGCUGUACAAGCAGGAGAAGAGCCUUAACAUAAAUGCAAUCCACCUAAAUAGUAUGCUGGACAAGAAAGCGGUGGGGGCUCCGGUGACAACAUCGAGCACGUCCAACAACUGUUCUUACUCGACUGGCUUUUUCCGAAGGAACUCGGCUAGCAAUGCGGACUCUUUGACCAACUGCAACAAGUACCCAGUGAGUUCCUACAGCAACCUAAAGGAGAACGCGACCAGCAGCUCCACAACUGCCAUGAUGAACAAGGAAAACAAGUUCCGUGACCGCGCAUACAGCGAAAACGGGGAACGCAGCCAGCAGCUGCAAGUCUUGCAGCAGAAGCCGGGUUCACAGAUCAACUCAACCCGCUACAAAACCGAGCUCUGCAGGCCGUUUGAGGAAAACGGAGCGUGCAAAUACGGAGAGAAGUGCCAAUUUGCCCAUGGGUACCACGAAUUGAGGAGUUUGUCUCGCCACCCCAAGUACAAAACCGAGCCCUGCCGCACCUUCCACACCAUUGGCUUCUGCCCUUACGGUCCUCGCUGUCAUUUUAUCCACAACGCUGACGAGCGUAGACCAGCACCCAGCAAUGCCAACAUGCAAGGAGAACCGAAAGCGGCCAGGGAGCUGUGCGGCUUUGGUCAACGGGAGACGGUGCAGCAGCACGCCACAUAUAAUCAAAGGGACAGACCAAAACUGCACCAUAGCCUCAGUUUCUCUGGCUUUUCAAGUCAUCACGGACUUGAAUCUCCACUGCUUGAAAGUCCCACCUCGCGUACACCUCCACCCCCUUCAUCCAAUUCCUCAUGCUCAUCCAACUUCUACGAUGACGUCCUGUCACCCAACUCGAUGUCAUGUGUGAACAGCGCCUUCUCUUUCCCCGGACAGGACCUGAAAGCCCUUCUCACUCCUCUUGCCAUUCAUACCCAGAAUGGUUAUGGCAGUCAGUCCAAUGGUGCCUACUACGGAAACCUCCAGACCAACGUCUGCCCCCCUUCUCCCCCGUACAACAUGAGCCACUUGCAGUCCCUGCGUCGCCUGAACGAGUCGCCGGUGUUUGAUUCCCCUCCGAGUCCGCCCGACUCCCUCUCAGACCGGGAGAGCUAUGUGAGCGGGUCCCUCAGCUCUUCUGGAAGUCUCAGCGGCUCUGAAUCGCCCAGUUUGGAUGCUGGAAGGCGUUUGCCAAUUUUUAGCAGGCUGUCGAUCUCCGAUGACUAACUCCUACUUUAAUUACUUUAUCUGCAAUAGAUGUCUGGAAGGGUUUGAGAUUCCAAUAGUCGACGCUAUCUUUUCUGUUUUCCCUUGACAACGUAUUUGACGAGCAACGACUAAAGCAACAAGAUCUGCUUUUAAAAUAAAAACUGCUGAGAGACAGAACCCAUUCUUGACACGGCAUUAGUUUUUCUUUACGUAACCUUAGCUAUAUUAAAAACUAGACAUCACCAGAAGGCAUUCCAUCGGUGACUUUUGAGCUGCAAUUAACGGCAAUCUUUGGUCUAUCAGGCAAACUACACACAAGGAGAGAGAUUCUGGACAACUUUAUAAACGAAAAGACUAAGCGGUUUUAAAAUUCCUCCAUCCUGCCAAGAAUAUGCCUUGACAUAAGUUCAGUUUCAGAGUUGUGUGCGUUUAUGUAAGCUUAAAAACUUCCAUUCCAAAACUAAUCUGUUUCACAGCGCCACACAGUGGUUUGUUUGGUUAGAGUAGUUUGAUGCUUAGUUAAAAGCACUCGGAGUUCGGUUUGUUUUGGGAAAUCACUGCUGAUGGUUGAAUAUAUAUUUUUUUAGCUGUUUUGAGUGAUUACAUAGCGGUUACUUGCUAUGUACUAUUUAACUUAUUUAUUAUCUUGUGAAAAGUAUAGGCUACAUUGGUAAUUUUUUUGUGUCCAUACUGUAUUUAUCGAGUAUGAUGAAGCAAUAGAUCUAUAUUCUUUUAUUAUGUUUAAAUUAUGAUCGCCAUUAUUAAUCUGCAUAAGUGGAGUGUAUGUUCUUUUCACAGUAAUAUAUAUUUUGUUUUUUUUUUGUAACUUCACUUGGUUAUUUUAUUGUAAAUGAGUAAAAAAAAAAUCUUAAUUUAAGAGAUUGUAUGUGAUAUUUAUUUCAUUAAUUUUGUUUCCUUGUUUACGUUUAUUAAAAGGUUUUUUGCGUGAUUGCUGUUUGUUUGGAGGUCUCGUGUCAAUGCUGUGGAAGGUGUUUUUGAGAAUCCCUCUGUAGGUUUUUUUCUGUAGAAUGUAAUUGAUGUGGUGUACAGACCGUCCAAACAUUAUUAGCCUUAAGCUUUUUUCCCUUUUCUUUUUUUUUUAAAGAUCAGACUUCAGUGACAAAGAAACCCCACGCAAAUAAAUUAACCAAAAAAGUAUUUUGCACGAGGUCACACUGUGAUUCCAGCCACGUGCUAGAGAAUGUAGCAAUCCCUUGCGCCCCAGUGUUAUCCUGUCUAGUGCCUGCAGGGGUCCACAAUCUUACAUGCCUUAAGAUUUAUCCAAAUAAAGUAUUUUUCCUAAAUGUAUAUUUUUACACCAGUUGAAUUGAAUGUAGUGUUGGGUUUGAAUUACAUUUUAUACCAGGUUGUUACCACUUUUGACCUAACCUGGAGCUGCAGCUCUUUUUUGCAGCUGUCUAUUUGUUUAUUCCCCAUUCCUAAAUGUUUUCUUUUAUUUUUGAUUAUUUUAGAGAUUAAAUGGUCUGAAUCUUCCAAACUUGCUGGACGGGGGAGUGGUUGAACAAGUUUUGUUUGUACAUAGUAGGUACACGGGAUGCGCACUAUGUACUUUUUUGACUACUUUAUCAGAAGUAAAGCUUUUUGAAUGUAACAAAAAAACGGACAAAAAGACAACAGGAGUUGUAAUAUAAAUAUUUUUUGGGGAGUCAGUUCACUACAAAUUGAGUGUGAGACUGUUAACUUUGUACUGUACAUUUUUGUAGUUCUCCCAAUAAAAUCAUUUUGGAAAAAAAA